AUGGCGGACCAGUUCAAACCUCGUACCAUGAAACGCAAGAAUGUGAAGGGACUUGCCCUCAAUUCGACCCCCAAACCAGCCUCCAACCCGUCGGAACAGGACGCCCAAAUCCCAGGCGCUCUCGCUAACACGGAGAGCACCCGGUCCGAUACGCUGGAAAUUGGUCUGGAGUUUAAACUCGAUUUGCGCAGUGAGGACCUGAUUACGUUGAAGGAGGUCGGCGCAGGAAAUGGCGGCACAGUCGCCAAGGUUAUGCAUGCCACAACCAAGGUGGUUAUGGCACGAAAGAUUAUUCGAGUCGAUGCCAAAGAGAACGUUCGCAAGCAAAUCCUCCGAGAGCUCCAAGUUGGCCACGAUUGUAACUCGCCGUACAUUGUGACAUUUUACGGUGCCUUUCAAAACGAAUCCCGCGAUAUUGUGCUGUGCAUGGAGUAUAUGGACUGCGGCUCUCUCGACCGCAUUUCUAAAGAGUUUGGACCUGUACGCAUCGAUGUGCUUGGCAAGAUCACCGAAUCUAUUCUUGCCGGAUUGGUGUAUCUGUACGAAAACCAUCGAAUUAUGCACCGCGAUAUCAAACCGUCAAACGUCUUGGUGAACUCUCGCGGUAGUAUCAAACUCUGUGACUUUGGUGUCGCAACGGAGACGGUCAACUCGGUCGCUGAUACCUUUGUUGGAACAUCGACUUACAUGGCACCUGAGCGUAUUCAAGGAGGUGCAUAUACUGUUCGGUCUGAUGUGUGGAGUGUUGGGUUGACCGUGAUGGAGCUCGCCGUCGGACGAUUCCCUUUUGACUCGUCCGACUCAGCUGCAGGGGAUCGUGCCAGUGCUGGGCCGAUGGGUAUCUUGGACCUUCUACAGCAAAUUGUGCAUGAGCCUGCUCCGAAGCUGCCCAAGAGUGAUGCUUUCCCUCCUAUUCUACACGAGUUUGUGGCCAAGUGCCUGCUCAAGAAACCCGACGAGCGUCCUACGCCACGGGAACUCUACGACAAAGAUGCAUUCUUGCAAGCCGCUAAGCGAACGCCAGUAGACCUCGAGAAAUGGGCCCGUAAGAUGAUGCACGCACAGGACCGUCACUCCUAUCUUGAACCACCUGCUCCGGCAUCACUUAGGGCGGCAACCUCAACUUCUGGAAGCCCGUCCCCUGAUACAACGCCUCGCGACACUCCUGCAACUGCGAUAUCUUCAAAUGCCCCAUCUCACCCCACGCCAACCUUUGGAGACAUCCCGCUCCGAAAUGAUGUUACUUCGGCACAUAGACACUAUACACCUCCCUCGCAUAGCAUUCCGACAUCCCAUCACGCCGAUUAUAGCGCUCAGCAUUACCAGCAACAGCAUGUAUCUCACAACCCCAACUCGCCGCAGACGGCUUUAAGACAGUCGCCCUUCCUAUCUCUCGAACAUUUGUCGCUAGAGAGCGAUGAAUCUCGGAGUGGGAAAAUUCGUUCCCCGCGCCAUUAUGCCGGCGAGCCUCGUUCGGCCAUAGACGCGCCGUCGAAGCCGCAUUUCCCUCGGGCAAUGAAUUCUUCUCACCAGAGCGGGCUACAUACUGCCACCUUACCCAUGGGGGCUGUACCUCCACCCUCCGGUCCUUUGCCUCCUCCGCCUCAGUCCGCCGGAGAGUCGUGGCGCAACCAGUACCGAACACGGGAGAAUAUGACGUGA